CUCUCUCUUGAUGGAUUGAUCGGCAUCAAACAUUACUGAAGAACAAAAUGGCACAACAAUCUUGGGCGAUGAGCAAGUACAGGCAGAUCGGCUUCUUGAUGGAAGCUGGCCAAGACGUCGAUCCUAAUGAGUACCAAAACAACCCGGAGAGGAUCGAUAAACUUCUCAGUGCUGGCGUUGAUUACAAAGACAAGAAGAAGAGGUAUUGGGUUGACAAGGGACAUGACUGCUUCGCAAUCUAUGCUAGGGGACUCAACAUCACCAACAGCGAUAGACCUGUCUAUUGGCAAUGGUUGACCGACAGUGAUGGCAUCGAAAUGGCAAAAGUGGUGAAGACAAGGUGGCUGGAAGUCAGGGGGUCGUUCUGGACGAUGAAUCUUUCGCCGAAUGUUCCGUACAAAGUCUCGUUUCGGACGAGGAUCGAUAACACGCCCUACAGCACCAUGAACGGACAGUCGGUGAACCUGAGACUGACUCUCCCGGACGGUACCUACCAAGAGCGGCAGGCGGAGUUGCCCGGAAAAAAACUACAAGACAACGAUCCAUGGUACGAACUGGAGGUCGGGCAGUUCAACAUGACGGCGCAGAACGUGGGCAAGAUGGAAUUCGCCAUGGAGCAACUGUUCGGAAGGUGGAGGGCAGGGCUCGUCAUCAAGUCCGUCCAGAUCAAGACCAUGUGAUCUCGCCAAGCAAGUUAUAUAUGCAAUAAGGAGCAAUUGCGGAGGAAUUGCCUUCAUGGAAGUGACUAUAGUGAUAAGUGCGUACGGUCGCGCAUGACUACUUCGUGCGCGCUUUUGUUAGCUAGUAAUAAAUAAAGGAAAACUCGAUCACUCGUGUCGUGUGUACUAAUGUCUUUCUAUUUCCGGACCCCGUCCGCUGAUCUAUGAUACUUAUU